CGCGGCCGGCGAAGCCUCGAUUCUUCAUGAUUUCCGAUUCAUGUUGUUUUUUUUUUUUCUUUCUUUCUUUUUUUUUCUUUUUUUUGAUGUGUGAGCGAGCCUUGUUCGAUUAAGGCAAUCUGCAUUUCGACUCGUCUGCCGUAGAUUGUUCCGGUAGUGUGAGAAAUUGGGGUUGGGUUCGUGGUCCGCCACUGCGGAUGCUGCAAAAGAUGCUUUGUGGAGCUCGAUGACGCGUGCGUCGUGAGAGAGUGAGAGGUGGGUGGGUUCGGAGAAGGCAGGUGGGACGAGAGCUGGGGGCGUGGACAGGCGGUGGUGGUGGUGGUUAGUUGAUGGCAGGCGGUGAAUUAGGGCUGCUGCUGCAAGGAGACAGGGAAUUCAUUGUGGGUCGUCACUCGGAUUGAUUCAUCAGUACGUGACUUAGGGGCCAUUUGCUUGCGCUCCUCCGGCGUUUUUAGGCGAAACGGGGAGCUGGCUGCCAGCUUCGAGCCCGUGACGAACAUUGGGCGCUGGAGAGUUGAGUGCGAUUGAAGGCACAGGGGACCUGAGUUGCGGUGUGUCGUGGAGUUUUAAUCCAGACCGCAGGGGUUUGAAAUUGAGGCGUUAGGGUUGCGAGGUUGGCGUUUUGGAAGUGGUGUUGGGUUCCGGACGUGCUAGAAAUGCGGAACGGGGAGGUAGUUAGGUUUGUGGAGUAGCGGAUUGUGAACAGCAGGGGGGGGGGUGAGAGUGUUCGGUGCUUUAGAGGAACUGAUACUGUGUUUUACGGGGGGGAGGAUUCUUUUCUUCCCGUUAGGCAGUGAUCAGAUGACGUCUUUGGGUGGUACAUAUUGGUGUCACCAGUGCAACCAGACCGUGAGGCCGACGAGCGGGGAUGAGUUGAUUUGCCCGACUUGUAACGAGGGUUUUUUGGAGGAGAUCGACAACGCUGGGGGCGGUGGUGGUGGUGGGAGGAGUGAUUUUCAGGGGCCCGGUGGCGUACAUCAGAUGUUCGGAUUUGGAGGUGGCGAUGUAGAUUUGGGGGAGCGUGCAGAUGCGCCAGGCGGGGUGGCGGCCGAGUUCCGGCGGUUCCAGGCGGAGCCCCGAGGGAUACGAUUUCCUGGGCGGAUGAGCGGGCACCCCGCGGUGAUACAGGUGCUGGAAGUGAUGUCGCACAUGCUACAGCAAAUCCAGCCCUCUCAGGGCGGGCAGGAGUCCGGUGAAGCGGACACGACUGGUGAUGAGUCGCGGGCGAGGGGGCGGGGCGGAGUUGCUGAGGACGGUCCGGGGGAGUUCAAUCCGAUGUUGAUGUUGCAAGGGCAAAUGCAGAAUUUUCUGGGUGGAGGGGGCAACGUGGAGGUGUUUUUUGACAAUGGGACAGGAAUUCCUCGAAGGCUGCCUGGUAAUUUCGGGGACUACUUUCUCGGACCUGGACUGGAUCAGCUGAUACAGCAGCUCGCAGAGAACGAUCCCAGCAGGCACGGGGCGCCUCCGGCGUCGAAGAGUGCGGUGGAGGCGAUGCCAACGAUCCAGAUAUCACAGGAGCAUCUGGGGACCGAUGCCAUGCAGUGUGCUGUGUGCAAAGACGAGUUUGAGCUGGGGGCGUCGGUGCGGCAGAUGCCGUGCAUGCACAUGUACCACGCGGACUGCAUACUGCCUUGGCUAGCACAGCACAAUUCAUGCCCUGUGUGUCGGUAUGAGAUGCCGACGGACGAACAGGUGUACGACCAGAGCCGGUCAAAUUCAACGCCAGCUGCGAGCACGACCGCGAACCCGAAUUCUGGUGGCAACGGUGCGGGGGUGGACGGAGGGGGCACGUCAGGGGGUUUCACAUUCUGGGGUCCUCCGGCGAGUUUCGGGACAUUCCCGAGCGAGCAGACGUCGAGUGGCGGCAGCCGAGAUUCAGGAUCCAGUGCACCGACGAGUGGGUCUGGGAGCGGGGUUCAGGCAAGUAGUGCUCCAGCACCAGCGCCUACUCCUGGGAGUGGCGGAGGCAUCGGGAGACGGAUGUCGUUCCACCUGCCGUGGUUCCGGUCGUCAACACACUCGCCAGCCACGGCCCCUGCAUCAGGAUCGUCCGGAGCGGGUGGAGAUGGUGGUGGAGGCGGAAAUCAGGGUUCUGGAAGCCGAAGGAAUGCGGGAGACGGGCACAUGGAGCCACACUCAGAGUUGGAUUGAAGUUCACCUGCUCUCUCUGAUGUUGAGUUUGUUAGUGAAUUUUGCUGUCCCAGUCUCGUUCUUUUGUUUUAUUUUUCUUUCCCCCUACCCUCCCCCUCGUAUAUAUACACACACACACACACACUCACUCACACAUAUAUAUACAUAUAUAUAGAUACAAAUUUAGUUGAGGUGCUUCUUGUCUGGUCAUAGCUGUUUUUAGUCUAAAUGGUCUUGUGGUGAUUUUCCGCUUAUAUUCUUUAUAUCCGCAGGCUGGGUUUUCGGGAGAUACUACUGCUAGGUGGUUUGUUACGCCGAAGGCUCGUAGAUUGCUGUCAAAGAUUGUUUGAUGUGUUCCUGGUGAGGGAAGGUUGCAACUUCUGCUUCGGGUGUCGGACGUUCUUUUUUCUUUUUUCUUUUUUCUUCCUCCUCCCUCUUCUUCUUCUUCUUCUAUACUCUGAAUCACGAAAAUGAGAAUGAAGUGGCAGCCCAAGUUGGUGUGGCUGUCGUUAUGCGGAGGGUGUAGUAACUCUCUGCUCUGCAUGUCUUUUUCGUUGUGUGCGGACGCAGACGUGCAUUAAUGGCGAGCAUCGAACUCAGCUUGGUGCUGUUUGUAUUUCUUUUCUUCGCGUUUGUAUUUGUGCACUUAUGGGGACACUUAUCGUUUGGUUUCCAACUCAGCCCUUCUACGAGCCUUGAGUUAGUCUUUUUACGCCGCGGAAGGAUUCCUGAAAUACAUUUCGUAGUUUCCUAUGGCAGACGCACUCUCGAACCUCUGCUGUGUAAAUAGUAGGAUUUUUCGUAUGAGUUUGCACCUUUACUUCAGGUACUUCCUGAAGCUCAGUGUAAUUAUUAGUAGCUUGGAUAGCUUUGGUAAAGCUUAUUCACUUCAUUUGACAUGCAGUAGCGUAUUAUGUUUUUUUUCGCAUGCAUUCAUGGGCUUAGUGCAGGUUCGUGUGUGCUAUUGCAUAGGAAGGCGUUUCGAGGAGGGAAAUUUUUGUUUGUUUUGUUUUGUUUUGUUUCGUGUUGUUUUUUUAUUUUAGUGAUUUAAUGAUCAGAGUGGGAUUGGUAAUAUGAAUAUAUUUUGUUUUAUUGGACUGUUCUCCCUUAAAUAAGAAGUAUUGUUACAGGAAUUGGAGUUAAUUUUUGGUGAGAAAUGUUCAAAGCUCAUCUUGAUGGGUUGUGCUCGAAUAACGUGUAGGAGAGACAUAAUGGGGCUCAUCGACGUUAGUUGGUGCAAUUGUCAGAAGUUUACUCUUGGACACAACUGGAAGUCACUGAUUGUCGACCUGAUGUUAGCUUUUAAUCAUUAGUGCCGUUCAUCACUGAA